AUGACGCCAACUCCUCAGCAGGACUAUGUGAACACGGAAGUUAGCCUUCAGCCAUGGUAUAUGGGCGAUUUGGAACGAUCGGAAUCUGAAGCGAAAUUGCGAGGAACACCGAACGGGACAUUCCUCGUACGAUACAGCAAGAACCGGAGGAGCUAUGUUAUCAGUAUAAGGCUAAAUGAGAAAUAA